AUGCUACAGGAGCUCGAGCUCACCUGCAUGUUCUGGCUCGGCCGAUUUUCGCCCACUCUCCGCGUGGCCAAAUUCCACGGGUUCCAUUUCCCCAACUCGAUCGCGCAGCUGUCCCUCAAGUUCCCCUGCCUCAAGCAGCUGACCCUGAAAAAGGUCGUCAUCUCGGAGGACGUUCUCCAGAGCAUGCUCUCUGGCUGCUCUGCCUUGGAAAGCCUCGAGCUAAAGGAAAGUCGGGGCAUCAGUCGCCUCUGCAUCAGCUCCCAAACUCUUAGGAGUUUGGGAUUUUUCGUUGACUGGUGGAAUGGAAGUAAUCAUAUCUUUUUGCAAGAGUUAGUCAUCGAGGACGCCCCGUGCCUUGAGAGAUUGCUACCACUUAAUUCAACGGGCAGCAAAGUGGUCAUGCGGAUAAUCUGCGCGCCUAAACUGGAGAUAUUCGGUAUGCUCCUGUCUGAAGUCAUACCCGAAUUCCAACUUGGGAGUUCAAUUAUUCAGGAAGGGGUUGCUGUCAGUUUGACAACCAAAAUGCACACCAUGAGGGUUUUGGCUCUCAGCUCUACUGGCCCUAAUCUGGAUGCAGUGGUUAACUUCCUCAAGUGCUUCCCUUGCUUGGAGAGGUUGUAUGCCAUUUUCCGGUUACCCUCAUACGACCCAGGGGAGUAUAUGAAUGCCCGGAAGUAUGACCCACUGGACCCAAUUGAAUGUCUUGAGCUUCAUCUCAAAAAAGUAGUGUUGAAGAAUUAUGUCGGCAGCAAGACUUCAUAUAUUGACUUUGCCAGGUUCUUUGUUCUGAAUACAAAAGGGCUAGAGGAAAUGAAAAUCACAUUGCGUUACCACCGCCAGCACGGAUGGUUUUCUCAUCAACUCAGCCAGCUACGAGUCACAAGUAGAGCUUCUCGAGAUGCUCGAAUUGAAAUGAGAUGUGGCACUAACGAUGAUUUCACACACAACAGGGAUGCCCAUGAUUUCUCAAUGGGUGACCCCUUUGACUUGCCCUCCAGCGGAUGCUCAGCGUGUGAAGAGGAGGGUCUAGGAGAUGCUGUAUACCAAAUUUAA